UUGAUAAAAGGAUAUUAGAAGGGUGAGCCGGUUAAGGAUCGAUUCAGACCAGGUGUUAAAAUUGUACGACAAGCGACAGUUUAUUUCAGAGGGAGAAUAUCUGGUACACGUAAAUACGGCUCUUCCGUUAGUUCGUGUUGGAACAGCAGGCAGAGAGAGCGUAAACAGUCAGCACAGCCCUUAUAUACGUCACAGAAAGUAGGUUGACCCUAGGAAGAUCGGAUCUCCGGAUUGGUUCAGCUGGUUGUAGUCUGUAGUCUUCCGCCAUUGGCUCAGUUGUCUGUCCGUCAUCGUAGAAUCUUCUUCGGGCACACAGUGUUCGGUUACAUAGGAGAUUAUGUGUGUAAUGUGGGAGCUAUCCUGUAGGGGACCCCACAGGCUUUACUGUGAAAAUACGUUGCUAUGUGUUGUCUCAGUUAUAACAAUGCAAUAGCCAUGUAUUUAGCAGUAGGUUGGUCUCCUGCAUAAUAGCAAUUCUUUACACUAGCUGAUUACAGUUCUGCUCCUUGUUAUAUCUGUGCAGUGGUUUUCCCAGACCUAGACGUCCUUGCAUUCACAAAAGUACAGUUGCGCGCGCGCUCAGUACAAACCCGAAAAAAGUCCCAGCACAACAGAACAUUUACAUCUGGUGCAGAGAUCACCAUAUUUUAGCACGGGGGAAAGUAACAUAAUUUGCUUAUCGAUAGGCUUGAUGCGUUUAUUUUGUUAUGCCUUUGACCUACUGCUACAUUAGAAAAUGGCGGAGUCGGAUGGUGGGGAUUUCGCCUCGAAUCGUCCGCAGAACAGUAUGGCUAACCAGAAUAGCACCCUGCGUUGCACGUUCUCAGCCCCAAGCCAUAGCGCCACUCUCCUGCAGGGCUUGUCGGUCCUGCGAGUCCAGGGGCAGCUCCUGGAUGUGGUGCUGGCCAUCAAUGAGGAGCGCUUCCAGGUUCACAAGGCAGUGCUGGCCUCCUGCAGUGACUACUUCAGAGCCAUGUUCACUGGAGGCAUGAGGGAGUCAAACAAGGAUACCAUUGAGCUGAAAGGCUUGUCCGCCCGCGGCCUGAAACAUAUAAUUGACUUUGCUUACAGCGCAGACGUCACACUUGACCUGGACUGCAUUCAGGAUGUACUGGGAGCAGCUGUCUUUCUCCAGAUGGUCCCAGUCGUGGAGCUCUGCGAGGAGUUCCUCAAGUCAGCCAUGAGCGUAGAGACCUGCCUGAACAUUGGCCAGAUGGCCACCACCUUCAACCUGUCCUCCCUCAAGGAGUCUGUGGACACCUUUACUUUCCGCAACUUCCUGCAGAUCGCUGAGGAGGAGGACUUCCUGCACAUUCCCAUGGAGCGCCUGGUCUUCUUCCUGCAGAGCAACAAGCUGAAGAACUGCAGCGAGAUCGACCUGUUCCACGCUGCCAUCCGCUGGCUGCAGCACGACGAGGCCCGCCGGGCCGGAGCCCAUAAAGUGCUCUGCCACGUACGAUUCCCCCUCAUGCGCUCCUCAGAGCUGGUGGACAGCGUGCAGACGGUGGACAUCAUGGUAGAGGACGUGCUGUGCAGGCAGUACCUCCUGGAGGCCUUCAACUUCCAGAUCCUCCCCUUUCGUCAGCACGAGAUGCAGUCCCCUCGGACCGUGAUCCGCUCCGAAGUAGUUUCGCUUAUUACCUUUGGUGGGACACCCUACACUGACAAUGAUCGCACUGUGAGCAGUAAGGUGUUCUAUCUUCCAGACAUUGCCGCGCGUCAGUAAGAACUAACGGAGGCGGAGACAGGUUCCAGCCACGCCUGUGUAUCGGUGCUGGACAACUUUGUUUACGUAGUAGGCGGGCAGCACCUGCAGUACCGGAGCGGCGAAGGGGCGGUAAACGUCUGCUUCCGCUAUGACCCGCACCUGAGUCAAUGGCUGCGCAUCCAGCCGAUGCAGGAGGUGCGCAUUCAGUUCCAGCUCAACGUUCUUCAAGGACAACUCUACGCCACUGGGGGGCGCAACCGAUCUGGAAGUCUGUCGUCCGUAGAGUGCUACUGUCCCAAGACAAAUGAGUGGACCUACGUGGAACCACUGAAACGCAGAAUCUGGGGCCAUGCAGGAACUCCCUGUGGUGACAAGCUCUACAUCUCAGGGGGUUACGGUGUCUCGGUGGACGAUAAGAAAGCCCUGCACUGUUAUGAUCCCACAUCUGACCAAUGGGACUUCAAAUCGCCCAUGAACGAGCCCAGAGUGCUUCAUGCUAUGAUCAGCGCCAAAGACCGUGUUUACUGCCUGGGCGGUCGCAUGGACCACGUGGACCGCUGCUUUGACGUCCUGGUGGUUGAGUAUUAUAUUCCAGAGAAUGACCAGUGGACCACUGUUAGCCCCAUGCGAACAGGGCAAUCUGAGGCAGGCUGCUGCUUGUUGGACAAAAAGAUCUAUAUCGUUGGAGGGUACAAUUGGCAUCUAAACAAUGUCACAAGCAUCGUGCAAGUGUACAACACAGAGGCUGAUGAGUGGGAGAGGGACUUGCACUUCCCUGAGUCUUUUGCAGGAAUUGCGUGUACGCCGAUCAUACUUCCACAAUCCACCACGCAACGGUAAUCCCUCCGCCCAAAGUGACUGUGACAAUUUGAUUCCAUGGGCGAUUCCUCACAAAAGUGAAAACAAAAAAAAUACCAUGAUUUGAGGGAUUUUCAGGCAAUUUAAUCCACAGAAGUGUCCUUUGGAAGAAGGAUGGAUGACACAUACAGUGCCUUCAGAAAGUAUUCACACCCCUUGACUUUUUCCACAACUUGUUGUGUUACAGCCUGAAUUUAAAAUGGAUUAAAUUUGGAUUUUGUGUCACUGGCCUACGCACAAUACCCUAUAAUGUUAAAGUGGAAUUAUGUUUUUUUAAUUUUUUUUUUUUACAAAUGAACAAAAACCUGAAAUGUCUUGAGUCAAUAAGUAUUCAACCCCUUUGCUAUGACAAGCCUAAAUAAUUUCAGUAGUAAAUUUGCUUAACAAGUCACAUAAUAAGUUGCAUGUACUUAUGUGUGCGAUAACAGUGUUUAUCAUGAUUUUUGAAUGACUACCUCAUCUCUGUACCCCACACAUACAAUUAUCCAUAAGGUUCUUCAGUCGAGCAGUGAAUUUCAAACAGAGAUUCAACCACAAAUACCAGGGAGGUUUUCCAAUGCCUUGCAAAGAAGGGCACCUAUUGGUAGAUGGAUGAAAAAAAACAGACAUUGAAUAUCCCUUUGAGCAUGGUCAAGUUAUUAAUUACAUUUUGGAUGGUGUAUUAAUACACCCAGUCACUACAAAGAUACAGGGGUCCUUCGUAACUCAGUUGCUGGAGAGGAAGGGGUUUCACCAUGAUGCCAAUGGUGACUUUAAAACAGUUACAGAGUUUAUUGGAGAAAACUGAGGAUGGAUCAACAACAUUGUAGUUACUCCAUAAUACUAACCUAAAUGACAGAGUGAGAAGAAGGAAGUCUGCACAGACUAAAAAUAUUCCAAAACAUAGAUCCUGUUUGCAAUAAGACACUAAAGUAAAACUGCCCUAAACAAUUGGCAAAUAAAUUAACUUUAUGUCUUGAAUACAAGACAAUAUUGAAUGUUCCUGAGUGGCCUAGUUACAGUUUUGACUUAAAUUGACUUGAAAAUAUAUGGCAAGAGUUGAAAAUAGCUGUCUAACAAUGGUCAACAACCAACUUGACAGCUAGAAGAAGAAAAAUAAUCAUGUUCAAAUGUUUUUACAAUCCAGGUGUGCAAACCUCUUAGAGACUUACCCAGAAAGACUCACAGCUGUAAUCACUACCAAAGGUGAUUCUAACAUGUAUUGACUCAGGGGUGUGAAUACUUAAGUAUAUUUGAUAUUUCAUUUUCAAUAAAUGUGCAAAAAAAAAUCAAAAAAUAUGUUUUCAAUUUGUCAUUAUGUGUUACUGUGUGUAGAUGGGUGAGUUUUUUUUAGAUGUAAUACAUUUUAAAAUUCAGGCAGUAACACAACAAAAUGUGGAAUAAGUCAAGGGGUAUGAAUAGUUUCUGAAGGUACUGUAUUUGACAUUUGUAUCUUAACGCAUAAUUGAGAAAUAAUGAAUUGAAGUUGGAAUAUGUGUGACAUUUUCGCCUUGACUAUACCUCCUUUAAGACUCCAUAAUGUUUAAUCUGUUAAGAUCUGUUAAGAUGUUGCUAUAAUAUAGGCUACAGUGUAUUACUUCAGCUUCCAUCCUAUGGUUGAGGUCCAUGUGCUGCAUUAUGAUGAACUGUGUUUGAAAUGAUGUGAAGGCCAGAGCUAGUGUAAAUGUAUUAGUGGCCUUUUAAUGGGAAAUAAGUGUUAGCUCUAAGGAUAGACUUGCUUUUAAAUAGAUAGAUACAUUAUUGACAUUUCAAUGUAGUUUGGGGUGUUUAAAAAAAAUACUUCAAGCAAUACCCACAAUCAAAAACCUAUUAACAGAUUUGCAGGAUAACAUUUCUACAUUUGUGCCCUGCAUCAAGGAAGCAUGUUUCUAUUAAUUGGUUGGGCAAAUACAUUGAAAUAGUCCAUUUGCAGGGUUUAACUUAAAACAAAACGAAAAUUACAACAGAUUUGAUGACAGAUUAGACUGCAUGGUACCCGUAAGAAUUGUUCACAUUGAAGUUACUCAAAUUCAAUUUUAUUGCAUAUAGCGGAUUAGAAUCUGUUCUUUUUCCUGCAGUCUGAACAGCCAAAAAGCACAUGGAAUUUGAUAUUUCAAGACACAUUUCAAACCACCUUUGUAGUUCCUUUGAAUGCAGAUACAAAUCUUAUUCCUGGCCACGCGUCUUGUCUGAACCGUCAAAUCUGAUUUGCCCUCGUGUGGUUUUUAGACAGUUAUUUGGCAUAUAUUGUUGCUUGCUAGCUACUCUGUUGACAGUUUGACAAUAACAUGUGGUAUCUAACUAGCUUGUUAAUUGUUUACAAACAAAUUAGUGAAUGUGCUAGAAAGCUAAACAGAUACCUAGCUAGCUAGUUGACUGCUGUGGCUAGCCAAAAAGGACUUGUUUUGAAACUACUUGUCUUAACCUUUGAGGCUUAAAAAGUGUUCUUACACUAUGAUGUUGAACAUUCAAAUCAACUGGGAAACGUCCAUGGGAGGCAUUGUUGUCACCUUAGCUUGCUACAUAACUUCUGAUGCUUCGAUCUGAUACCAUUUCUGUCUAGCCGUCUACGCAUACAAUUUGAUGCAUACGUUUGAUAAAUCCAAAGUGUCCACCACACAGAAUGCACUGCAACUGCUUCUGCAACGCAAUGCUGCAAGGCAAACGCACAUUCCAUUGGAAAUGAAUGUACAGUAGUGAUCAAAUGUUUGGACACACCUACUCAUUCAAGGGUUUUUCUUUAUUUUUACUAUUUUCUACAUUGUGGAAUAAUAGUGAAGACAUCAAAACUAGGAAAAAACACAUAUGGAAUCGCGUAGUAACCAAAAAAAGUGUUAAACAAAUCAAAAUAUAUUUUAGAUUCUACAAAGUAGCCACCCUUUGCCUUGAUGACAGCUUUGCACACUCUUGGUAUUCCCUCAACCAGCUUUACCUGGAAUGCUUUUCCAACUGUCUUGAAGGAGUUCCUACAUAUGCUGAGCACUUGUUGGCUGCUUUUGCUUCACUCUGCGGUCCAACUCAUCCCAAACCAUCUCAAUUGGGUUGAGGUCGGGUGAUUGUGGAGGCCAGGUCAUCUGAUGCAGCACUCCGUCACUCUCCUUCUUGGUCAAAUAGCCCUUACACAGCCUGGAGGUGUGUUGGGUCAAUGUCCUGUUGAAAAACAAAUGAUAGUCAGACUAAGCGUAAACCAGAUGGGAUGGUGUAUCGCUGCAGAAUGCUGUGGUAGCCAUGCUAGUUAAGUGUUCCUUGAAUUGUGUUCCUUGAAUUCUAAAUAAGUCACCGAGAGUGUCACCAGCACAAAGCUCCUCCAUGUCUCACAAAGACACAGUGGUUGGAACCAUCAGACCAAAGGACAGAUUUCCACUGGUCUAAUGUCCAUUGCUUGUGUUUCUUGGCCCAAGCAAGUCUCUUCUUGUUAUUGGUGUCCUUUAGUAGUGGUUUCUUUGCAGCAAUUAAAGCCUGAAGGCCUGAUUCACGCAGUCGCCCCCGAACAGUUGAUGUUGAGAUGUGUCUGUUACUUAAACUUCGGGGAACAUUUAUUUGGGCUACAAUUUCUGAGGCUGGUAACUGUAAUGAACUUAUCCUCUGCAGCAGAGGUAACUCUGGGUCUUCCUUUCCUGUGGCGAUCCUCAUGAGUGUCAGUUUCAUCAUAGAGCUUGAUGGUUUUUGCAACUGCACUUGAAUAAACUUUAAAAGUUCUUUAAA